CAUAAAUGAAAAUAAGGAAUAAUAAUAUGGCGAUCGUUUAGACGCAAAGACAAUUUUUCUGAAAUGGCUACUCAAAAGCCAGGCGAAUGGGUGAAUUCGCUGAUUGCAAGAUUCGAUGCACAGCUUCCCAUCAAAACUGGCUUGCAUACCACUCAGUCCAUGCAGAAUGUGAAGCAAAACAAAGAAUGUCUUGUCAAUGUCAGUAAAUACAAGUUUUCCCUGGUCAUCAAUGGCCUGACCAAGACUUUGCAAAGCGUUCUUCAGUUUCAGAAAGUGAAUAGGCCAGAAGCUGAAAGGAACUAUUUAGAAUCUCAGCUUAUUAUUCUGGACACUUUGAAACAGGUCUUAAAUUCACAACCCAAAGACACAUCAAGAAUGGAUGAAACAAUGUAUGUCAAGUUAUUGCUGCCAGAGAUCUGCAAAUUUCUAAACCAGCAGACAGAAAACAACCCCCAGUUAAAGGCUCUGGCUUCAGAAGUUCUCUUUGCAUUGAGCCUGAACAACUUCACAGCUGUGUUCAAUAAAAUCUCUGCCAAAUUGGUUGCCCUGUCUCAGGUGGAAGAAACAACAGAUUUAUCAGACCUUGAACUCAUUCAGCAUAUGAAUAUGGAUCUCUCUAGACUGACAAAGUUGCUCAAUGAAGUUGUGUCCAAGUUUAAGAUGCUCAAAUCUCGACCUGUCAUCAUCACACUAGGGCAAAACCUUGAGAAGGCAAUAUGGAACUGGAUGGAUAAUUACCCUACUGAAUUUACUGAACUUCACAAGAAGCCAAAUGAUGAGUUACAAGAUUGCUGUGACAAAUUAUUUGAUCAUCUUAAUGUACUGACUGAGGGAUCCAGACGACGAGUCCAGAUCUGGCCAUUGCAGAUGAUGCUUCUCAUCUUAUGUCCUAAAAUUUUAGAGGAGAUAAACAAUGCUGAAACUGGUGCUCCUUGUUCACAACAGUAUUUAAAAAAGAAAUCCUUCAUUGAUGAGGUCAAAAAGGCCAUCUCCAAUCACCACAGCAGUAACAAGCAGCUAACAGAGGGAGCAGCGGUCACAUGUGUUAGGUUAUGUAAAGCCUCAUCUUAUAUCCCGAUCAAUGACAGGCUGAAUGUUGUCUUCUCUCUAGUCCAAUCAGUUAUUAAUGAUCUUAAAACUCUCUUGUUUAACCCAAUGGCCAACAGCAAGCUGUUCCUGAAGGGUCCUGGUGUUGGCACCCAAGACUAUGACUUGUAUAUUGAUUGCUUUGUAAGCUGUUUCAGGAUCACACCCCACAACAAUGAUGUCUUAAAAGUUUGCUUGAACCCUGCAUCCCCUUCCAUGUACCACUAUGUUCUAGUCAAUGCUCUACAUAGAAUCAUCACACAGCCUCGCUUGCCAUGGUGGCCACACAUCAGUCUGAUCUACAGCAAGGCCGGAGAGUUGAGAAACAUGUUUAGUGACACUGUCACCAAAGUUACCCAAGGCUUUAGCAGUCAUAGCUGUCCUAAGAGUACAGUAAAGUUGGCAACAUUUAAACUGAACAAAACAACAGAUGAGGUGCUGACAUCAUACAAGUAUAUUUUGUUGUGGCUGGUCAAAUUGAUCCAUGCUGACCCUCACUUGAUGUUACAUAGCCAGGGUAAGCAAGGUCAUGAAAUCCAACACAGCACCCUUGACCUUAUCACAAGUCUUGUUUCAUUAGUGCACCAGCAGUGGAUGCCUGAUGUGGCACAAAAAGCUAUGGAGGCUUUGUUGUGUUUGCAUCAACCAGAAAAUAUUGAGCUCUGGAACCCUGAGGCUCCAAUCAAUACAUUCUGGGAUAUAAGCUCACAGGUACUGUUCUAUAUAUCCCAACGCUUGAUCCAGCAUCAGAUUGUCAACUACACUGAAAUACUCAAAUGGUUGAGAGAGAUACUUGUCUAUCGUAAUCGUUUCCUACAGAAGCACAGUGCCAAUGCCAACAUGGGCAGUAAUAUCCCUGUUUGUCGCCAAGCACACAUUAAACUAGAGGUUGUGUUUUUCAUGUAUCUCUGGAGCAUUGAGAUAGAUGCUGUUCUCACGGCCAUGUCAUGCUUUCGUCUACUGUGUGAAGAGGCAGACAUUCGCUGUGGGGCAGAUGAGCUGGCUGUCACACAGCUCUUGCCCAACUAUUCAGUCUAUGCUGAGUUGGCUGCCGCAAGCACUGUUUUAACCACAGGAAGAGCAGCAUUACAGAAAAGAAUCAUGGCACUGCUUAGAAAAAUAGAUCAGUCUACACAAGGUAAUUGGCAGGCUUGGGAAGAUACUUUUAGAAACUGGGAUGCUGUCACUCGCUACCUUGAAACUUAUCCCAAGUUGAAACUUGAAGAAGGGAAAGAUUUGACAGAUGUCAUGAGGAUAACUAAACGCAAAACUCCUCAUUCUAGCACUGAACAUGAGCUAGAGUAUUGCUCUUUUCUUGACUGGCAGGAUCAGUUGAAUGAGUGGGCCAAUAUGACCGGGUUUUUAUGUGCAUUAGGUGGAGUGAGAUUGUCCAACAAGUCCCAGAGAGUAGGGAGUACAAUGUCAUUGUCAGGCCUGGCCAUGGAAGGGAACAGAAAGAGUAGCUUGAUGACCAGCUGUGCUAAUGACAUGCAAUAUUGUCCUGUUACUCAGUUUCUUGGCAACUUGUUGAAACUGCUGGUAUUCCAAAAUGAAAGAUUUGGUGCUCAGAUCCAGAAACAUGUCAAGGAACUAGUGGGCCAUGAGUUGAACCCUGCCUUGUAUCCAAUAUUGUUUGAUCAAAUUAAAAUUUGUGUGGACAAGUACUUUGACCCUGCUGGACAGGUGAUGGACUCCCCACAAAAUACUUUAUUAAUUGAAAAUGUGAUAUUUAUUAUGAAAAACAUCCUGGAGAUGAAACAAGAUCAACCCUGUGAAUUUUUAGGGGUGACCAGCAUUGAGCAGCUGAUGUUGUCUAUUGUCAAAUAUGUCAGAUAUCUGGAUUCAUCAGCUCACGCCAUUCAAAUCAAAACAAAACUUUGUCAGUUGGUGGAAGCUAUGAUGCAGCAUCGUGAUGAACUAACAUUCCGACAAGAGAUGAAAUUCCGUAACAAGUUGGUGGAGUAUUUGACUGACUGGAUUAUGGGUAAUUCUCAUCAGGUCAACGUUCAAGGAGAUAUCUGUAGUAUGUCGAGGGAUCUUGACCAGGCCAGUAUGGAGGCUGUGGCUGCACUACUAGCAGGUUUGCCUUUGCAGCCAGAAGAAAGUGACAGAGGUGACUUGAUGGAAGCAAAGUCACAACUUUUUCUCAAGUAUCUAACACUGUUCAUGAACUUGCUGAAUGAUUGCUCGGAUGAAGAGCAGGAUAAAGCCCUGGAUCCUAACCGCAAACGCAGUAUGAGUAACCUGAGUGCCCUAAGAAACUGUACAGUUCAAGCUAUGUCCAACCUACUCAAUGCUAACAUUGACAGUGGACUCAUGCAUUCCAUUGCUCUUGGUUACCACAAAGAUCCCCAGACUCGGGCAGCAUUCAUGGAAGUGUUAACCAAGAUUUUACAGCAGGGCACAGAGUUUGAAACUCUGGCAGAGACAGCAUUAGCUGACAGGUUUGAACGCCUGGUGGAACUGGUGACAAUGAUAGGUGAUAAAGGGGAACUACCCAUUGCCAUGGCAUUGGCCACUGUCGUGUCCAAUUCUCAAAUGGAUGAGCUGGCCAGGGUGUUUGUCAACCUGUUUGAUGCCAAGAGACUGCUCUAUCAACUUUUGUGGAAUAUGUUCUCUAAGGAGGUUGAAAUAGCUGACUGUAUGCAGACAUUGUUUCGUGGUAACUCUCUUGCCAGUAAAAUCAUGGCCUACUGCUUCAGAUUUUAUGGCCAGUGGUAUCUGAGGGAACUCCUGAACCCUUUGUUGCUCAGCAUGUUUGAAGUGGAAAGAAGUGAUCACCCUAUAUCUUAUGAGGUGGACCCUGCCAGGUUGGAGCCUGGUGAAAACAUAGAGGAAAACAAGCACAACUUGCUGCACAUCACACAGAGAGUGUUUAAUGCCAUUGUUGGUUCAGCUCCGCAGUUUCCAGCCAAGCUGCGCAGUAUGUGUCACUGCCUGUAUCAGGUCGUAACACAGCGCUUCCAACAAAGUAGUUCAGAGGCAGUGUGGACUGUUAUUGGAACUGUGAUAUUCUUACGCUUCAUCAACCCUGCCAUAGUAUCUCCCUAUGAAUCUGGCAUAGUGGAAGAGGAGCCUACUCCCAGAAUCAAGCGUGGCCUAACUCUCAUGUGUAAAAUCAUGCAGAAUAUUGCCAACCAUCUUUUGUUUAGCAAGGAGCAGCACAUGGUCCCAUUCAAUGAGUUUUUGAAGAACAACUUUGAACUGGGAAGAAGGUUUUUCACAGAGAUAGCAUCUGACUGUGAGAUCUUUGAUCCUGGCAACCACAGCCUGUCUUUCAUCAAUGAUGCCAAUGUGAUAGCACUUCACAGACUGCUGUGGAACAAUCAAGAGAAGAUAGGAGACUAUCUGUCCAGUAGCAGCUUGGAGGUUCUGACAGAAAACUUCGUUUGCGAGGCAGCAGAAGGGCAGCAACGAUUGGAUCAUAAAGCAGUUGGUAGAAGACCUUUUGAUAAGAUGGCUACUCUUCUGGCAUAUCUGGGCCCCCCAGAGCACAGACCUCUUGAUUCACAGUGGAGUUCCAUGGAUAUGACCAGUACCAAGUUUGAGGAGAUUAUGUCCAAGCAAAACAUGCAUGAAAAAGAUGAGUUCAAAUCCCUGAAGAACUUGCACAUCUUCUAUCAGGCUGGCACUUCCAAAAUGGGGAACCCUGUCUUUUACUAUGUGGCAAGAAGAUACAAAGUGGGUGAAAUUAAUGGAGAUUUGCUCAUCUACCAUGUAUUGCUCACAUUGAAACCAUUCUACAACAAACCUUUUGAGCUAGUCAUUGACUUCACACAUACCUGCUCAGAGAACAGGUUUAGAACUGACUUCUUGAACAAGUGGUUUGUGGUCAUGCCAGAGAAUGUCUACCAAAACAUCACUGCAGCUUAUAUUUAUAACUGUAACUCUUGGGUUCGAGAGUAUACCAAGUACCAUGACAGGAUACUCUCAUCUCUCAAGAACAACAGAAAACUUAUCUUCAUUGACCAUCCAGCCAAACUGAGUGAGUACAUUGAAGCAGAGUCUCAGAAACUGCCAGGUACAACCAUGUCAUUAGAAGAGGACCUGAAGGUGUUCAACAAUGCCCUCAAGCUUUCACACAAGGAUACCAAAGUGGCCAUCAAGGUGGGACCCAGUGCCAUUCAAGUCACAUCCUCGGAGAAAAGUAAAGUGCUUGGUCAUCAAGUCCUACUGAAUGAUGUGUAUUAUGCUGCUGAGAUUGAGGAGGUCUGCUUGGUAGAUGAUAAUCAGUUUACGCUGACAAUAGCCAAUGAAACUGGACCUCUGUCGUUCAUCCACAAUGACUGUGACAAUAUUGUACAAGCCAUUAUCCAUAUACGUACAAGAUGGGAGCUUUCACAGCCAGAUACUGUAACAGUCCACACAAAGAUUCGCCCCAAAGAUGUGCCAGGAACACUUCUAAAUGUGGCAUUAUUGAACUUGGGCAGUUCAGAUCCCAGUCUCAGGUCUGCAGCCUAUAACUUACUGUGUGCAUUGACCCAGACAUUUGACCUGAAGAUUGAAGGACAGUUGCUGGAGACCAAUGGGCUCUGUAUUCCAGCCAACAACACAAUCUUCAUCAAAUCUAUCAGUGAGAAACUGUCCACUAAAGAGCCACAUCUGACCUUGGAGUUCUUGGAGGAGUGUAUCCAAGGCUUUGGCAACUCUAAUAUAGAGAUGAAACAUUUGUGCUUAGAGUACAUUACACCUUGGUUACCUAACUUGACCAGAUUUUGUAAACAGUCGGAUGAAAACAAAAGGCAGAAAGUGGCCUUAAUUUUAGACAAGUUGAUUACUAUGACCAUAGAGGAGGUGGAGAUGUAUCCAUCUAUCCAGGCCAAGAUCUGGGGAAACAUUGGACAGAUAGGAGAUCUGCUGGACAUGGUGCUGGACAGCUUUAUUAAGAGAAGUGUGACAGGUGGUCUAGGGUCUAUACAGGCUGAGAUCAUGGCAGACACCGCUGUAGCACUCACUUCUGCAAAUGUUCUUCUUGUGUCACGCAAAGUCAUCGGCAGACUAUGUCGGCUGAUUGAUAAAACAUGUACAUCUCCCACCUUCACAUUAGAACAACAUCUGAUGUGGGAUGAUAUUGCUAUCUUAGCUAGAUAUUUACUCAUGUUGUCUUUCAAUAAUUCAUUGGAUGUGGCUAGCCAUUUACCAUUCUUGUUCCACAUUGUGACCUUGUUAGUAUCCACUGGUCCAUUAUCCUUGCGAGCCUCCACACAUGGUCUGGUCAUUAACAUCAUCCACUCAUUGUGUACAUGUUCACAGCUACAUUUCUCAGAGAGCACUCUCCAAGUGUUGAAGCUGAGUCUGGCAGAGUUCUCCCUGCCCAAAUUCUACCAACUGUUUGGCAUCAGCACUGUGAAGUCUGCAGCUGUCAGUGCUUUCAGGACCAGCUUCAGACCUGGGGACAGGAGCUUCACAAUGUCACCACCUGAAAAUGAGAAGAUGCCUCUCAGUUCAUUAGAAGCCAUUGCUGAUGCUUUGUUGGAGAUAAUGGAGGCAUGUAUGAAAGACAUUCCUAACUGUGAUUGGCUACAACAGUGGACCGAUUUGGCCAGAAGGUUUGCUUUUCAAUACAAUCCAGCCCUGCAGCCCAGAGCUAUCAUUGUGUUUGGAUGUAUUAGCAAGACUGUGGUAGACUCUGAAGUCAAACAACUGCUCAAAAUUAUGAUGAAGGUCAGGGAUAUUUUUGCCUUGGAGUCCUAUAUGGAUUUAACUUUGAUAGAGGCUGUGGUCAUGUGUCUGACAAGGUUACAGCCCAUGUUGAAGCCUGAAUCUCCAAUACACAAAUUUUUGUUCUGGGUGGCAAUCUCUGUGCUACAGUUGGAUGAAGUAUCAUUGUAUGCAGCAGGCCUUGGUCUCCUAGAGCAGAAUCUUCACACUCUAGAUAACACUGGGCUAUUUGAACACAAAUCCUUAGAACGUGUCAUGAUGAAUGCCAGAGAUCCCCUGGAGUGGCACUUCAAACAGUUGGACCAUGACAUGGGAUUAAGUUUUCAAACGAAUUUUAAUUUUGCUCUUGUUGGACAUUUGCUCAAAGGUUUCCGUCACCCAGCACCUACCACAGUUUCUAGAACCAUUCGAGUUCUACAUCAAUUGUUAAGUAUAACAGUCAAGCCUACAAAUAGAGAUAAGUUUGAGGUCACUUCACAGACUGUGGCGUAUCUUGCAGCAUUGGUUUCUGUCUCUGAAGAAGUCAGGAGUCGUUGUCAUCUUAAACACCGGACACCCAAUUAUCUCAGUGAUUCCCCAUCAAGUGAAAGUGUCAGCUCUGACAUUGCCAGCCAGGGUCAGUCACCUUCACCUUCCUUACCCACCUCCACAUCAACAUCAGGAGUCUCCACACCCAUCACCCACCCAGCACCUGCUCAGACAAGACGGCAGAAAAGUUUUGACGUCUUAGAUCAGAAUGCUCUGGCUGCUGCUCGACAACAACAGCAGCAGCAGCAGCAGCAACAACAGCAGCAGCAAAGCAAAAUGGGCUGGGAAGUGAGUGAACAAAAUGGAGCCCCUCCAGGUGCAGGAGGACUAAGCCCGCAGAGAGUGCAGAGAACACUCCAGCCUGCCUCCAGCCAGGUGGGUGAGCCUCAUUUAGCCAGUAACAAUUCCAAAUGGCACAGUUUGGACAUAGAGCCAGCGUCUGCUGUCAGGCCACCACUGUGUCAGACGAGGAGCUCUUCAAUGCCCAUUCCUGGAAAGAAAAUGAUGGACCCAUCAAAGUCCUCUCUGCCACCACCUCGCAGUGGUAGGAGCUCUGUGUCCAACGAGAACAAUGUCUUGCUUGACCCAGAAGUUUUAACAGAUUACCCAACACAGACUCUGGUCCUGACAGUCCUGGCUACUUUAGUUCGAAACACAACAGAUGAGAACGAAGCCAGGAUACUGUAUGAAUAUUUGGCGGAGGCCUCAGUUGUAUUUCCAAAAGUGUUUCCUGUCAUUCACAGCCUGUUGGAUGCCAAGAUCACCAAUGUGUUGUCUCUGUGCCAUGAUCAGGCCAUAUUGAAUGCUGUACAAAGUAUUAUACAGAACAUGAUUGCUUGUGAAGAUGUCUCUCAGCAGCAACAGUUGUCUUAUUUACAAAGUAUUGGAUUUGGAGGACUGUGGAGGUUUGCUGGUACAUUCUCAAAGUCUACUGGAAGCUCUGACACAGCAGAACUUUUUGUGAACUGCCUGGAGAAGGCCAUGAUGGUGGAGUCAUGUCUCCCCGGGGAUGACCUUGACAUUCUCAACCCAUACCCUAGCAGUUUGGGCAUCUGUUCCAAUUUGAACUUGUCCAGCUCAAUGUCCAGCUUGAGUGUCGGCUCCAUGCACUCCCCCACGGACAAAGACAAUCUUGAAAAGGCAGGUGCCAAUGGGGCAAGAACCAGACAUAGCUCAGCCACCCUGGCAGGAACAAAACCCAGAGGAGGAAGUUUCAAGCAGAAAGAGAAGAAAAAGAUCAUUGAUGUGGACUGACUAGGGCUGAUGACCUCCUACAAGCCAUGAGCCCAGCUUCUGGUCUGUGUUGGGAGGUAUCUCUAGUACAGGAGGAGCUGGCAUCCUCAAGCCAUGAAUCAGCUCGUGAAAGCUUAUGGCACGCUCUCUUCACCCACCCUGUCGUUACAGCUGGGGGAACACUUGUAGCCAGUAUGGGCCAUGACCAUUGGUCAGCCUUGAGAUCUGAACAGUGUUUGUACAAUAAACUGUUCCCUGCCCCUACCGAAAUGUGAAAAGUUGAUUGUGCGGUUUGACUCCAUGUUUGCUUUCUAUUGUUGAUGCCGAGGACAGUGCUAUUAAUAUCUGUGAUGUUAUUUCCCUUUUCACUCUUUGGUUUUCUCAAGACUUCCCACUCUCUAGGAAGCGAGCUGGCCAAACUGUUCAGUCAAACUGAAUUGUAUUCAGGAGUCAGGAGGACAUCAAUUUUUAAGCUGACUGUUCAUUUCCAGUUAGCUAUGCCAUAAGCUUCUAGUUCAAGUCUUUAAGCAUUGCUUCUAUGUUAUUGUAGUCAUUGUACAUAGACCAUUUGUAUUCAAGUCAAAGCCUGUUACUAGAUAGAGAGUGUAUGGUGGGUUGACAGUAACAUUUUUUAUAGGCAGACAUACAUAUCUGUGCCACAAGCAUCUUCAUUUCAGUUGCUUUCUUGAUUUCACUCAUUUUUUUAAAAGUUUUUCUGUGCAAUGAGGACCAAAGACUAAGAUUUUUUUUUUUUGGACAAAAUAAGCAGUGUGUGCAUUUGAUGUGACUAUUUAACAAACUAAAUGCUAUGCUGCAGGACUUAUUGUGAUGCAGCAUAGAACUGUGUACACAUGCACUGUUGAAGACACGUGGGUACCGAUUUUUGAUGGAUAGUUUUGACCUGUGUAGCUAGACAUUUUAAUUUUUUUUAUUGAAGAUGAGUACUGGGUCUUAGAAAUAAACAAGUCAACAGGGUUGGACUUGACUCUGGUGGGUCUGACAUUAGGAAUAUACAAAUCAGAUAAACAAAACAAUUGAUCUAUUGACAACAUAAAGGUACAUUGUGAUUUAAAACCUUCAAAGUAUUAUUGAUGUAUUGAUAUCUCCAGGUAACAAGUGUUGUUUUAAUUAGAAAGAAUUAGUUGAAACAGUCAAGAGGUUCAUCAAAACACUUGUUUCUCUAUGGGCAUUUACCACAUUCACUGAUCAAUCAUCUCAGAUUCAGUUAUGUUUCUAGCAUUAUAGUUCAGUUUUUUGUUUACAAAUACCUUUUAUUUCUCUCCAGAUGUUUUGUUGUAUCUAGUCCUCCGAAAAUGGAGUCCACACAUAAAUGUAUACCUCUAUUGAACAAAUGGCCUAACAAAGUGUAGACAGACAUUAUCUUAUACUGAACAGAAUAGUUUGUAGACACCAAAUGAUUCACAUCAUUGAAAGAUGUAUCAGUCAAAACUAGUUUUGUUUUUAAUGUUAGCUUUUCAACUGCAUAACAAGGGAGAUCAUUUUUUUAGCCAUCUUUUGGAUUCUUUAUUUUGUUCAAAUCUAUUUAUUCAUGCUAUUUCAUGUAGUGUGCUUUUAUUUAAUUUUUUUAAAUUUAAUUCUGUACUAUUGUCUGCUGUUUUUUCAAUGUUAGUUCAAUUGUAUCUGGUUCCAGUUAAAAGUGGCUCAUUUAGUUACCUGAUCUAAUUCAUUUACCAACUCAUCUGAUCCAGUCAAUCAUAUGGUUAUCAAAUCAUCACCUGUAACGGAUCAAUCAUAUAUGAACACUCAUUUAAUCCAACUUGAGAUCUCACAGAUUUUUACUAUGUAAAAUGUUUUGACUACAUUAUUUUGAUUUAGACAUUGUACUAUGUUGCUUAUUGUUCAAAGAUAUUACUGUAUUUUGUCCACUACUUUGUUGUCAAGUUAUUCUUCAAACUUUGUUUCAUGUGUGUAACAUGUUCUUUCAAAACCAAGAGUCCAAUUCUAGUACAAUGUGUGUGUGUGUGUAUGAAAGUAUUUAGUGUAUAUAGCAUGGAGCGCACUGUGACAUGUAGGUUGUAUAAAGCAUUCUCUCUAGGAUAUAGCUUAUGAAGUGAUCCCCUUAGAAGGAAAAAUUGAGAAUUAUUUAUACUGGUCAGUUGUUUACUUUUGAUUUGGUCAUUGUUCAAUCCUGAGCUUUAGUUUGAAUGUUCAGCAAGUUAUGCUCUUAGAGAAUUUGGUCAGAACCUUUGGUCCAACAAUUCAAAGUGUUGUUUUCUACAUUGACAUUGAUUGUGUCACUGAUUAAAUGGAACUUCAGUGUUUGUUUA